AGACAGAGAGAGAGAGACAGAGAGAGAGACAGAGAGAGAGAGACAGAGAGAGACAGAGACAGACAGAGAGACAGAGACAGAGACAGAGACAGACAGACAGACACAGAGAGACAGACAGACAGAGACAGAGACUUCCUUUGCAAGCCCUCAGCAGGCAGCCGAUCCUGGCCCCCGCAGCAGAGGACAGCAAAAGAAGCUGCAGCAGGAAUCUCUCAGUAGCCAGCUGGGAAGGCAGGGAUGUGCAGCAUCUGGAGUAGCAAACGAAAUGUCAGAGAAACUCCGCAGCUGUAGCAGGAGCCCAGGGCUGUCCCGGCCCGCAGGGUGCUGGGGCACAGUGCAGUGAAAAACCCGCAGCAGUGGCAGAGGGGGAGAGGGCUCAGGGAUCCUGGGGUUUCCCCUGAGGCACCCGAGUAGAUGGUGAGGGUCCUUUCUUUGGUGAGGCAGUUGUUAAUAAGGUCCCAAUGCAAAGGCCGCUCUCUCGAGCAGAGCUUCACUCAUGGUAGGAGAAGGCAGCAGGAGAUGCCAUCCCACAGUGGCUGCGGAUUCUCCUCAGUCUCACUUGUGAUGUCGAGAGCGAGAGCGUGCCAACCCGGACCUCUCGGUAUCUCUGCCCUUCCCAAGAGAAUGCCCCUCAGCUGCCAUAGUGCAGCCAGCUGCCCUCCUCCUCCUUCUCUUUGGCCAUAUCUUUUGUCUCUCUUAAGUAUCAGUGCUUUUGUCUCUUUGCAACAAAUGGGAGAAAAUUCCCUGAGAGAAAGAAACUAAAGGAAAAAUCCUAACCCCCAACAACAAAUGACAGCAGAAAGAAGUGUAAUAAUCGAACCUUGUAACUUAAAGAUGGGAUCACAAUCCCACGGGCAUUGCUCCAGGGAAAUCCAGCCUGCACAGGUGUGCAAAGCUGGGGAUCAAAGCUGUCUGUCCCAGAGAGCUGCGUGUGCCAAGGGAAGGGUGUGAGUACUAAGGCCAUGUGGAGUGGAAGGAGCUGGGGAGGACCAGGUGUCAGACACGCCAAAAGCGUGCAAAAGGAACUGGUCAGUGAGCUUGGCCAAGGCAGCCAAGCUCCAGGCAGGGGUUUCAGGCAGGCAGAGGGUGUACAGGGGUGUCUGCAAAGCCACCUGACAGCAGCUGCCUUUACAUCCUGCUUUAUUUGUGCUCAGCUGGUGCCUUCCAGAGUGAAACAAGAAUGGAAAGCCUUGUGUUCCCUGUGACUGGGAAUAAGGCUGUCAUCCCUCAACACCUGGAGAACUGCCUGGAGAACAGAGGUGGGAUGCAGAGCCCAGCACGUGCUGUUCCCCAUGUACCCGUUGAGCAAUCGAGGUAACACAUGCCCUGCAAACAUCUCCACCAUGAACCAUGCAGCAGGACAAAACUGGGCAGACAGCCAGGGCAGGAGCCAGACCUCCCCUUUUCACAGAAGGCAGCCUGAACACCCAGAGCAGUGGCCACUGCUCUGCAGCUGGUGUCCCCAGGUUCCAUCCCAAGGGGCUGGAGGUGCCUGUGCUGCUGUGGCCCAGGAGGACUCUGAGCACCCUGCACAGGGAGAUAGACUCCUCCGGCACUCAGGGGCUCUUAUCACCCACCUGCAGCUGGGCCGAGGGAGGGGAUAUGCAGCAGACUCUGUGAUGCAAACAGGACUGGGCACUGCAGGAAUAGGAGGAAUUGCCAAAUUCAAGUGUUGGAUGAGGUCCCAUGCAGGCUGGCAGCUUCAGGGCAUGGGAGGUCACUGCCCAGAGAAGGGGAGGGGGAAGCUCAGUGGGGUGGUACCCAGACAGACUCCCAGCUCUGCUCUCCAGGCCAUCCAGCCCCUCUGGACUGUGCCCUGCUCACUCAGACAAGCUGGAAGUGCUGGGCAAGCUCAGUCCAGCCAUGAGCAGAUGAGGGGGUCAGAGGAGUGGGGAGCAGACUGAAGACCUUCCAACCCAUCCCAAACCUGCUUUCCUGGAGACAGCCUGCAGGCUGAGCAGCAGUGAAUCCUGUAUCCCAUCCUGUUGAUUGACUGUUGAUAUGCUGGCAUCCAGCAUGGAGAGUAGAAAGUGAGACCCUGACGGAUGAAGUGGAGGAGAUGAGUGGAAGAGCUGACGUGACUCUGGACCCAGACACCGCCAACCCCUUCCUCAUUCUGGCCAGUGACCAGCGAGGGGUGGCCCGGGGGGAAGAGUGGACCUUGCUGCCCAACAACCCCGAGCGGUUUGACACGGAGCCGUGUGUGCUGGGCAGCCAGAGCUUCACUGUGGGAAGACACUGCUGGGAGGUGGAGGUGGCCGAGGCAGGGGACUGGUGGGCUGUGGGAGUGGCCCAGGAGUCUGUCAGGAGGAAGGGGGUCCUUAGUUUUACGCCCCAGGAGGGGAUCUGGGCUGUGGGGCAGUGGUUUGGGCAGUACCAUGCUUUCAGUGAUCCUGACUGGAUCCCCCUGCACCUUACCUGCCUCCCCAGGGCCAUCCUGAUCUGCCUGGACUUCACAGACAAGCAGGUGACUUUUGCUGAUGCUGAGAGUGAAGCCCCAAUCUUUGCUUUCUGCCUGGCCUCGUGUGCUGGGGAGGGGCUGCGCCCAUGGCUCUGGGUGGGGAUGGACUCGUGGCUCAAGCUGUGCCCCUGACAGGGAGGGAACAUGGGGGGGGCAGGGGAGAGACUGGGAAGGCAAAUGCCAUCACCUUGGGUUUUGGUGCUGGGAACUGGGAGGGUCCUGCAUCCUGAUGCUUUCUCAUGGAUCCCCUGGCCACCAAGGGGAUGACUGGCAGCUCGUGGAGGUGGACACCACAACAGAGCCUCCUUCAUCCCCCCACCCCUCAGCUGGGAGUGCAGGGGACAUGGGGAGCACAGGGAAGAGCUUGGUUCCCAGUGGCCCCACGAAGGGAACACCAUUGAGUGCCAGGGACCUGCAGAGCUGCUCUGUACGAGGCCAUGGAAAAUACAGCAGGGUCCAGCUCCCCCAAGGGUACUGUAGUAGUGCCUCUGGCUUUUUUCAAGUUAAAAAACCCCAAACAUAGCUGGAUACUCAUGAUAAUGCUUAUCUUUCCCACACAUCCAGAGCCUCUCCUUGCCUGACGUGCACUGGCAGCAGUGCAGGAAGGGAAGCACUGAAAUCCACAGGAGAGGCAGUUCCCACAGAUCUGUCAUUCUCUGAUCUCAUCCCAUCAAGGUCCCAGCUCACAGGAUCCUGCUAAAUCCUAUCCUUAGGAGAGGAGACGGUGGAUGUAGGUGAAGAGGACAUUGCCUGGGUCCAGCCUAGAUUUCAUCUCUCUCUGGUUGGACCUUCUGGUUGGCCAGUUGUCAUUGCUGUGGUGACAUCUGGGCACAGGCAACAGUAUUGGUCUCCCUGCUCUACUCCAGGAGCUGCAAAGUUGCAGCACUGUGUUGAUCCCAGGUAUCUGCCCCCAGAGCUCUGCCCUAAGCCUCUUCCACUGUGGUAGCACAGGGAUCUCUGCUCCCAAUGAGGCACUUCCUACUCUCCAUGGGCAGGAGCCUCUGAGACUGUCCUGUCUUGCUUGGGGUAGAGUUAACUUUCCUCUCAGUAUCCAGCAUAGUGCUGGGUUUGGGAUUUAGGGUGAGAAUAGUAUUGAUAGCAACAACCAAACCAUCACUCAUGGGGUGUUUACCCAAGCCAAGGAUUUCUCUGUGUCUCAUGCUCUGUCAAAAAGCAGCUGCACAAGAAGCUGGAGGGGGAGCACAGCCAGGACAGCUGACCCAAACUGGCCAGAAGGAUAUUCCACACCACAGAAUGUCCUGUCCAGUGUGUAAACUGGGGGAGCUGCCUGGGAGGGGCCAAUCACUGCUGGGGGACAGGCUGGGCACAGAUCAACGGGUGGUGAGCAACUGUAUUGAGCAUCACUUGUUCCACUUUUUUUUCAUUACAAUUAUUAUUAUUGUUAGUAUUAUUACAUAUUAUUUUGUCUCAAUUAUUAAACUGUUUUUAGCUCAAAUCAAAAGGGUUUUUUUUUCCUUUUUUUCCCCCCAUGCCUCUUGGGGAGUGGUGUGUGACUGAGUGGCUGUGCAGUGUUUAGUUGUCAGCUGGGGUUACACCAUGACAGAGGUUCACAGCAGAAGGUUGGUGUAUGGAGAUGGCAGAUUGUUAGCUCUGUAUUUUUGUUCUUUGUCAUGCAAAACACCCCAAAAGAGUUGUGCUAUGCAGUUAGGGACACCUACCUCAAUCAAGAAGAAUAAAUUCCUUUCUGAAAGCCAUCUCAGUCCCUCAGACUGGAGAAAAGUUGGGUUUUUCAACAGAUUGGUGUCUGGGAACCUC